GACAUCUGAUUUACAUUUUGACGUCUAUGAACGUAAAUAGAAAAAAAUUGAAAUGGAAAUUGGAAAACGGAGUUAUUUGUAAAAUGGAUAAAAUUCAAAUAAAAACAAUAAUAGAAGGUCUUAAAUCUUCAUCAUCAUCUCGCAUACAAGAUACUCUCUUGAAAAUUCGGUCUAAUAUUAUAUCUUCCGAAAAAGGAAUUAAACUUUUUCGUGAUUGUGGGGGCUUGAAUUGUUUACUACCUCACCUACGAAAACCAAAUGAAAGAAUUCUUGAUAUUACUUUAAGUAUUCUUGGAAAUAUUUGUUUGGAUGAAAAAUGCAGUGAAGCAGUGGGAGAAUUGAAUACUUUUGGCCCUUUGGUGUCAAUAUUAAACACUGUUUGUCGAGAUAGUAUACUUGGAAGGACCUGCAAACUUAUUGGUAAUUUGGCUCAAAGUAAGUCCAAUGCAGAAGGCUUGCAUAACCAUGGAGUGGUCAAAGCCUUGGUGGCUCUUAUUGAAGGCAGGGACAAAACCACAUCAAAUCCAACUCUUACAAUGGCUGUCAGAGCUAUCAGGCAACUAUGGAUGAUAGCUGAUAAACGGGAUGAAAUGCUCAGCUUGAAUGUUGUUCGUUGUGUUACUAUUUUACUGACCACAGAAUGUGAAUCAAUUGGUUUAAUGAAAUCCACACAUCUUGAUAAAGAAAUUGAAGAACCUAGAAGGAGUCAAGAAGAGCUUAUUAUUGGGAUUCUUAAGUGCUUAGGAUACUUUACUACUUAUUCAAUACCACAAUGUGCAGAACAGUUACAAGGAGAUGGCCGAGGUUACCAAUGCCUUGUAGCACUAACAAAAACAAAUGAGACUUUAGCACUAAAAUGUCUUAUGAAUCUAUGUUAUCUGUCAGUGUGUCGCCCUCUAUUAGGAACUGCGGGAUUGGUAGAAUGUUUAGUGAAUAUUUUAAAGAAAAAUCCGGAUGUUUCAUGGUGGCCAGAAGGUUCUGUUAAAGCUUUAGCUCAAUUGAGUGGUGAAUCUGUUAAUAGAUCUCGUUUACGACACUGUGGUGGUUUGCCAUUACUGGUUGCAGCUGCAAGAGUUAACAGUCAUGCUAUGCAUGCACUUCUUCAAUAUGUUUUUGAUGAUACAGCAUUCCAAAUUAUGAUCAGUGAAGGCCUGAUUCAUCUUCUUACUGAGAAACUUUCCAACUAUGUAAAUAAUAUGGAAAUUGAACACAACUUAAAUGCCGAAAUUAUGAGUGAGAAUAAAAAUAUUAACAGAACAGAAAAAGACCUUGAUACACUAAAAAUAUGUGAAGAAGCUAAUGUAAAACAGCAAAAUGAAAUAGGGGAAGAACUAAAAGUUGUGAUAGAACGGGAUAACAUGAUUGUUGGUUUUGUUGAUGCAAUAGGCAGCGAUAGGUCCGACGACAGUGAUAAUGACAGUACAAAUCUGUCUUUAUCGCCAUCCAGACGAAAAGGUAUAAAACGCGGUCGCACAAGCCCAAAAAAUUCCAAAAAAAAACCGAAGUUAAUAAAAAUGGCUAAAAAGGAUUGGUCGGCAGGCGUUUAUUGGGAACCAAAGAGUCCAGAUCCUAUCUCACCUCAAUUCCCACGAAUGACUAGUCCAGAUAGAUCAGAUUUGAGUCCUUUAUCGUCAUAUUCUGACGUAAAUUGGUCAGGAUUAAGUCCUGACUAUAUGCCACAUACCAGUAAGCAUACAUGGGAUUGGAGUCCAGGAUCUGCGAGUUCUGAUGGAAGUUCGCCCUCGCCAUAUAGGGCAGACUUUCCCUGGAGUCCGAGUAGUUCAGGACCAGCUUCACCACUAAGUACUGAAGAUAGUUCAGAUUCUGAAGUGUCAGGCCGGUAUUCUCCCGUGUGUAGUGAAGGAGAAGACGAAGCCGAUAGCAAUAAACCCAAUACUAUAAAGUCUGCUAUAGACCCAGCUCAAGUAGCUCAUGAAUUGGAAGAGCUUAUAAUGGAAGACGAAGAAAGUAGUGACGAAUCCCCAAAUGAAGAAAACAGCAAGCAGUUAACCAUCACAAAAACAUCUGGUAUAAUGUGUAUCUUGGUGCUACUUUUUCGCGUAUCUCACGGGGCUUGUACUAAUGGCAAUGAGAAUCGGGAAGAGAUGUCCAAUACCAUCGAUUUAUUAACUGGGCGCGAAUGUAUGAAUACAUUACUUGAUUAUGUAGAGAGGUGUAGGAGACCGACUGGGAGGGCGGCAAGAAUAAUAGCCCGAGUUCUUAGCAACUCGUUAUGUCUCAUAAGCAUCUUGAAGCAUAGAUUUGUAUUUCGACUUCAUACUAUGUCGGUUAACUCAAAGCACCCCCCUACAGAAUGUCGCCAGUGUAAGCAACUUAUAAAAUUGGGCUCAAAGUUGUUAGAGCAGGUAACAAUUGUAGCAGAAUCAAGCCAUGGAAUUGGUGAAAUUAGUUAUCAUCUUUUGAAAGGAACUCCCAAUAUGAAACAAACACUAUGCAUAACUUUACCAUAUAUAGUGAAAACGGAGAAAGUAUUGAAGAAGUAUUUUGUGGAAUGUGAUGCGUUAAAUUUACUUUUCUCUAUUGUUUCCGAUUCGAAGGAAAAUAUCCAAAACUGUGUUACAGCUUUAGCGAAAUUGGCAACAAACGUCCAAAUAAAAGAUCCGAAGCUCUUGGAAAAUCGUUAUAAAGAUUAUGUGUCCAUAAGUUAUGACCCUAUAUUAGACAAUCUGGCAACGGAUGAUAUCGUUACCUUUGUGUUAGAUGACCAAUCCACUGUAAUAGCCAACAAAAACUUUCUAUGUCAAAAUUCAGACGUCUUCAGCGUGAUGUUAACAGGCUCAUUUAAAGAGUCAUCUGAAAAAUAUGUCAGUCUAAAAAAGGUAACGAAACCCGCAUUGGAAUAUCUUUUAACGCUUUUACACUGCGGUUUAAAUGAGACUAAGUGUGAUAUUGAAGUGUUUCCCCUGUGUGAGAAUCUGGAGACUAAUUUAGAAGUACUCCUACUUGCUGAUAGAUUCUUAUUUGAUAAAAUUAAGUGUUUAUUAAGCAGUGCAAUAAUACAAUUUCAAUUGACUCCGGAAAAUGCUGAUAAGAUCUACAUUUGGUCUUUGGGUGAUGGCAUGGGAUAUUUGUGUGUGGAAGCUGUCGCAUAUUUAUUAACUGGAAAAAUGGACGAAGACCUAAGAAUAGCUUCUUUUAAAAAUAUCCUCGAAUUAGAAUAUAAGGAUCAAUGGCUGGAAGAUAUUAAGUCUAUGAUAUUACGACAGUUGGUUAAAUAGGAAACAGUAAAUGUAAAGCUCAAUACCUAAUGUUAUUUUUUAACCUGUAUAUAUUUCGCAUUAACAUUUACAACUACAUAUUAAAAUUGCUUCUCUGGGUAUUAAAAAUGUAAUGGAUUAUUGCUUAUAAUUGUAUUUCAGUCUUCAUGUAUAUUUUUUUAUUUUGCUGUCAAUGUGAACGUGAGGACAUGGGGCACAAGUUAUAUAUUUUGCAUUUAUAAUUUUAUUAGGUAUGAAAUAUAAAUAAUGAUAUAUUCAGAAAUAUUAUCUUUAUAAAUAAUAUAGGUACUGUAUAUGAUAAUAACCACCGAAUAUAUUUUUAAAUCUAUGUAAAAAGUUUUUAAAAGCUACUUGCCUCUUGACUGAGUUGAAAGUUUAACGUGAAUUACAAAUUAAUUAUUUUCA